AUGGCGCCCCAUAUACCCUUCCUCUCACGCCUACACAUCCGCGAGUAUAUCGCCCUGUCUAUUUCUGUAGGUCUUAUCAUCCUCGAGUCCAUCAUCGCCGUCAUCACCCUCGCCCUCCCGACGCCCAUUAUCAACUUUUGCUAUCGCCUCACCCGACGCCUAUUCAACCACCUCUCCUCGCCCUCGUCCAAGCGCUCGCGCCAGAAGAAGAAGGGCGUGUGGAGCUCCAUCGCCAACGCAUCCGAUUUUACCGAGCUAUGCGACCUUUACGGCUACUACUGCGAGGAACAUAUUGUACAGACGGGUGAUGGAUAUCUCUUGGGCCUGCACCGUUUGGGCUGGCGACAAGGCGAAGAAAAUGUGCGCGUCAACAGUGGAGAUAGAGCAAAAGGCGUCAAGAAGAAGGUCGUCUACCUCCACCACGGUCUUAUGAUGAAUAGCGAGGUGUGGGUCUGCUUGACCGACAAGGAGCGAUGCUUGCCAUUUGAGCUGGUAGAGCGAGGGUACGAUGUGUGGCUCGGCAACAAUCGCGGAAACAAGUACUCCAAGAAGAGUGUCCAUACGCCUCCUACCUCGAGCAGCUUCUGGAACUUCAGCAUGGACCAAUUUGCCUUUCACGACAUUCCCGAUUCCAUCGCCUAUAUCCUGGAGACUACACAUCAGCCCUCUUUGUCCUACAUUGGCUUUUCCCAAGGAACCGCGCAAGCAUUCGCUACACUAUCUAUACAUCCCACGCUGAAUGAGAAGGUGGAUGUCUUCAUUGCGCUCGCCCCGGCCAUGUCGCCAAAGGGUGUUGCGUCCGGCAUUGUCGAUGCCUUUGUGAAGGCAUCACCGGAUAUCCUAUAUCUGGCGUUUGGGCGGAAGACUAUCCUCCCUUCAGCAACCAUGUGGCAGUCUAUCCUCUAUCCACCCAUCUUCGUUCGUUUCAUCGACAUGUCCCUGCGCUUCCUGUUCAACUGGUCCGCUGUCAACAUUCUACCUGAGCAAAAACUCGCAGCAUACCCGCAUCUAUACUCAUACACGUCGACCAAGAGCGUGGUACAUUGGUUCCAGAUCAUUCGAAACGGCACAUUCCAGAUGUACGAUGAUGAAGCACCAAACCCAAUUACCUCGAAUCGAUCCAAAUACUACAAGGUUGCCAAGUUUCCGACCAAGAACAUCAAGACGCCUAUUGUGCUUGUCUACGGUGGCUCGGACAGUCUGGUCGAUAUCAAAGUAAUGCUAAAGGAGCUACCUUCUCAUACUAUCGCCAAGGAGAUCCCUCACUACGAGCAUCUGGACUUCUUAUGGGCAGAGUCGGUCAACACUCUUGUCUUCCCACAUGUCUUUGAAGCAUUGGAUAAAUUUGCAGGCGCGGAUGUGGCAGCUCUAGAGGGUCAAAAACAACGACGCUUGCGAUCCCCGGGUCGGUACCAAGGCCUUUUGCCAGAAUCCAGCAAGUUACCAGGGCUCGACGGCGACGACUACGAUGACGACGAUGCGGGAGACGAGAGUGCGACAGCUCCAGUAGCGCUACGGACAAGGAAAGUGCCUCAGCACUCGCGGACGCCGAGUUCCAUCGAUGGUUCGACAAUAGCAGAAAGGCCAUUGUCGUUAGCCAGUGCCGUAUCUCCACCCAAGACAACACGACCUGCUACACACCGGAGGGCCAUCACUGAGGAAAAGCCCUCACCUAUCCGCAGCAGAGUCAUGUCACCAACGCCUUCAAACAGACUCUCAACCAUGUCCACACCAGACCCUUCAAACAGAAUCUCAACUAUAUCCACGCCGGACCCUUCAAACAGGAUAUCGACCAUAUCCUUCAACUCCCCAGGUGCGUCAGUUGGCGAUUCACAAAUCACGGAAAAGACCUCCACCUCUCGGCCCGAAGGAUGGUGGUCCUCGGACGAAGUCGCUGGUACCGAUCCGUCUCAAACUACCACACCCGCUAACCAAACUCCCGCCAGAAGGUCAAGCUUCGACAGCGAGCAGAGCACGAAGAGUAUGGCGGGCAAAUUCGGAGCCAAUGGUAUCACUAUUGGCGCGGGCAAAGCCGUCAGCGGAGUCACAAUCACACAAGGAGAAGACUUCGGCAAGGGGAGUAGUAACAAGAGUCAAAUCGAUCGGGAAAGACUAUUGGAAGCGGAUAGGAAACAACGGAGGAACGUCUUGAAGAAGAGGCAGCCAUCUAGUGGUUGA